AUGUCUCCCAUCCGUCACUCUUUCACGUCGCCAUCACCUAUGGCGAGUGAGAAAAUUCGCAAACGAGCGAUCGGACACGACUUCCUGCAAAAAGAUCACCUCACAAAGAAGCGUAAAUCGACAAGUGCUCAAGCUCUCGCUCCCAAAUCCCCCCCAGCUUUCUACGACGAUCUAUCUAAGGUACCCCUAACGCUUAACGUCCUGCUUGAGUUGGAUCGGAGGAACGACGCACUAUCAAAUACCGAGACGCGAACCAGCUCUAUAGGUCCAGUGCCCAAGAAUCUCUCUCGAUAUUCAAGGCGGGGUGGCCCCGAUAUGCGGCACCUUAGAGACUUUUCGAGCAAGACACGAAUUCAUCCAACGAUGGAAAACACCCAGUCUAGUUCAAGAAGUCGACAAACACACUUCACGAAAGCGACAAGUGUAAUUUCUAGAAGCGGCUCAUCGAGGUAUGGGAAGGAGUUUGAUCAGCACCUUCGAGACUAUGGUGUAUACAUGAACAAUCGCAAAUCCAAAGCGUUAAACAUGGACGAAACAAGGAUCAGUUUGGAACAAAGCCGCGCAUCCUUGUCUCCGUCACAAUUCACAGAAGAACAGUUUGAGACAUUUCAGAGGAAAAAUGAAGAUGUUGUAUUUGAAUCUGAUGUCAUGGCCGAUGUCAUUCCCAUUAUUAGUGGAAGUUCUCGCAUUCCUAGCAAGCAGAAUGCUCUCUUCACCGAGCUUGAACCUCUUACUAGUAGAAACGUCGUCAGACCAAAGCCAGAUCAUUUUGACGGCGCUGAUCUUGCAGAUCUUUGCGUUGAGGUAAGAAAGGACGAUAAAGUCAGGCAAAGAGUCAUUCCUACAAAGCACCCAAGUGUUCCAGUGGCGGCCAAUUUCUUCAUAGAGGCCAAGGGACCUAACGGGAACGCCUCAGUCGCACAAAGACAGGCAUGCUACAGCGGAGCAUAUGGUGCCCGGGCUAUGCACACGCUGCAGAAUUAUGGCAAGCCUAGUGAUAGUUAUGACGGCAAUGCCUAUACUUACAGCUCAACAUACCAUCCUGCUACCGGAACGCUUCAGCUCUACGCUCACCAUACCACAGCUCCAACUGGCCCAGGGGCUCGGCCAGAGUAUCAUAUGACGCAGAUAGAUACUUGGGGAAUGACAGGCAAUAUUCACACUUAUCGGCGUGGAGCCACUGCCUUUCGAAACGCUAGAGAUCUAGCGCAGCGCUAUCGGGAUCAGUUCAUUCACGCCGCGAAUCCGCGUCACGCGAGUCAAGAUGGUCAACAGGACGAUGAAGAUGGGCCUAGUGCGCAGAAUUUCCUCAAGGAACAAACCGCCAAGGCCUGCGACGAAAGUGUUGGAGAAAAUGUAGAGGUACUCGACGCAUCGCAGUCUUGCGUCCCUCCAAACUCUAGCCAAGCAUCGACCAUAUUGGCUGCAGCAGAAGACCAAGAUUUGAGUUUCGUGACCAGCUUCACAUCUAGCUCUGGCAAUGGACUGCCGGUUGGAUCCAAGCGAACCAGGCAACUAGUCUCGCCGCAUGACUCCUUGGGACGCAGUUCAUACAAGAGUCAAACCCGGACCAACAUAAGUGAGCUUGAAGAGCUGUCAAAAAGGAACAAGAGAGGGUAG